AUGGGUAACAGAUCCUGCUGGACCAGUCAAGUCUUAAUGUCUGAGCAGCCACCAAUCAAUUUGGUGAAAGUCACACUUGUCUACUCCAAUUUAGGUCCUUUAUCAGAUGCAUGGAAUAGUUCAGUAACGAGCAGAGUCCAAUAUACUAACACCCGUUCUAUAGAAGGUACACCAUCAUUAGGUAAAAGACACAACAAAUCACACACUUUAUGUAACAGAUGUGGUCGUCGUUCAUUCCACGUCCAAAAGAAGACCUGUUCAUCAUGUGGUUACCCAGCCGCCAAGUUGAGAUCACACAACUGGGCUUUAAAAGCCAAGAGAAGAAGAACUACUGGUACUGGUAGAAUGGCUUACUUGAAGCACGUUUCUAGAAGAUUCAAGAAUGGAUUCCAAACCGGUGUUGCUAAGCCACAAACCGCUGAAAACUAA